GACUCGGCCACAAUAUUGGAGGAAUGCGCUUUGUCGCUCGCAGGGGGCGGAGUUAGAAAGUGAACGAGCGCUGCCUACCAAACAGAGAGAGGAGAAGGAGGAGAGAGAGAGAAAGGAGAGAGACGGGUGGGCAGGCUGCUCGCCGUAAACGAUGGUUGUCGGAUAGAGUCUUGAAGACCUCAUGAAACUGGCUGCUUGAAUUGUUUGCAGCGAUCACAGAGCUCAGCAGCCCGCCGUGCUUUGCAUCUUUGCAUCGGAUCCUUUGGAAAAGGAAGAGGGGAGGAAAGAAACUGCAGCAGCACGCAGAUAACAAGAGUUUAGAAAAAGAAGAAGAGGACUUGCUUAGUAUUAUUUCACCAUCUUUAUUAUUAUUAUAUAUUUUUUUUACACCAGUAGCACAUAACUCUUUCCAAGCGGACAGGACUGUUUCAUGCCCAGAGGAAGACCGACCUCCUGCUUGGACCCAGUACCGGCCUCUCACACUCCUCUGACGGGCUCAGAAGCAGCAGUUCCCGGCAUUUGCUGGGAUGUUUGAGUCGCGUUGUUUGGUGGGUUGAAGGGACCGAGAGAGUGGCCGGAGAGACCGAAGGGACGGAGGCCGAGAGAGGAGCCGGGAGCAUGGCUCUGGUAGCGCUGUCUCUCUGGGUGCUAACGAGUCUCACCUGGGCGGACCUGCUCCAGGUGUCAGCCAACAGGCAUUCCGUUUACUGGAACAGCUCCAACAUACAUCUGCGUAGGGAGGGCUACACAAUGCAGGUGAACGUCAACGACUACCUGGACAUCUACUGCCCUCAUUACAAUGACAGUCAGCGCAUGGUGGGCACCGGGGAGCAGUAUGUCCUCUACAUGGUCAGCUACCGCGGUUACAGGAACUGCGACCCACAACUGGGCUUCAAGAGGUGGGAAUGCAACCGGCCCCACGCUCCCCACGCGCCCAUCAAGUUCUCUGAGAAGUUCCAGCGUUACAGCGCCUUCUCGCUGGGCUACGAGUUCCACGUUGGACAGGAGUACUACUACAUCUCCACACCCACCCAUCAUCACGGCCGUAGCUGUCUGAGACUACGGGUGUAUGUCUGCUGCUCCACGGCCUCUGACGUGGAUGAUGAGCCAGAGCCUACAGAACCAGACUACACGCUUAGACCAGGCCUAAAACUUGACGAUAUUGAUGAAUUUAACCCGUUUGUUCCCAAGCUGGAGAAGAGUGUCAGCGGAAGUAGCCCAUCCAGGGAUCGCCUUCUCCUCACCGUGACGAUGCUUCUUCUGGCCGCUCUCUUCAUCUCCUAGCAACGGCCAUCCCAUCAGCGUCACCAUGCCAACUAGCCUUGGGAGGGUGUACAGUAUCAGCGGGUGGGAGUCAGGAGAGAGUCAGUAGGAGAGAGGAGAAGAGAGUUAAGAUACCAUGAAUAGAGCAAAAGGCAAGAGGAGCAAGAGUUUUCAAGCAUCACAGUGAGAAUGUGUGUGUGUGUGUGUGUGUGUGUGUGUGUGUGUGUGUGUGUGUGUGUGUGUGUGUGUGUGUGUGUGUGUGUGUGUGU